AUGGAGCACGUCCCUACGCUUUUCUUCUUGCUUUCCACUCUCUUCCUCGCCGUCUCCGUCGUGUCUCCUCCACCGCCACUAUUUCCCGAUGAAGCUCUACCCACUAAAUCCGGCUACCUUCCGGUCAAACCCGCCCCUGGCUCCUCCAUGUUCUACACCUUCUACGAAGCCCAAAACCUGACCACUUCUCUUGCCGACACUCCACUCCUCGUUUGGCUCCAAGGUGGACCAGGCUGCUCUUCCAUGAUUGGUAACUUUUACGAGCUCGGCCCUUGGCGCGUGGUUUCACGCCCCAACCAGCUCGAGCCCAAUCCAGGAGCCUGGAACCGCCUCUUCGGCUUACUCUUCAUCGAUAACCCCAUAGGAGUAGGAUUCAGCAUCGCUGCCUCAAAACAAGACAUACCAAGAAACCAGAGACAAGUCGCGGAACAUCUGUACGCGGCGCUCGUCGAGUUCAUCGAGCAGAAUCCCGGUUUUGAAAACCGACCGGUCUACAUAACCGGCGAGAGCUACGCCGGUAAGUACGUUCCGUCCAUUGGUUACUACAUCCUCAAGGAGAAACCAAACGGGAAAGUGAAUCUAAAAGGUCUAGCCAUUGGAAACGGACUGACCGACCCGGUGACCCAAGUCCAGACCCAUGCGGUCAACGUCUACUAUUCGGGUCUAGUCAACGCAAAACAGAGACAAGAAAUAGAGAAAGCGCAGGAGAUAUCCGUAACUCUCGUGAAGUCUCUGAAAUGGCGUGAAGCAGCAGAUGCAAGGACCGAGGUUUUGACGUUACUGGGCAACAUGACCGGAUUCGCGACGCUUUACAACACGGCCCGAGCCAUCCCGUACAGGACGGACCUCGUUGUUGACCUUUUAAACCAGAGAGAGACGAAGCUGGUUUUGGGAGUGAACGAAACGAUGCGUUUUGAGGAUUGUAGCGAUCUAGUGGAAGAUGUGUUGCGUGGAGACGUAAUGAAGAGCGUCAAGUUCAUGGUGGAAUACGCGGUGGAGAGGACUAAAGUGUUGUUGUACCAAGGUAUGUUGGAUCUUAGAGACGGUGUCGUUUCGACGGAGGAGUGGAUCAAGACAAUGGACUGGUCGGGUUUGGAGAUGUUUUUGACGGCGGAGAGACGGGUGUGGAAGGAAGGCGACGGUGGAAUCGCCGGGUAUGUUCAGAGGUGGGGGAAUCUGAGCCACGUGGCGGUUUUUGGAGCUGGGCAUUUCGUACCGACAGAUAAAGAUGUUAAUUCGAGAGAUAUGAUUGAAGGUUGGGUCUUGGAAACAGGAUUGUUCGGUGGUGAAGAUAUCAGACAGACAAUUCCUUCGAGAUUUGUCGAAUCUUCGUGA